AUGAACAUUGUUAAGGGUGUGGCCGAUCUCAUCCGAAGGACAUCCAGUGGUCAAACUGGAGAGUCCACUCAGGGGUCAUCAGCUGAGAGAUUUUCUCCUCCUUCUCCAAAGAUCUGCUUCAGCGAAGUAGGUGAUGAGGCAGUUUUACAUAUGCUUUGGGAGAAAUACAAGAAUGCUGUUGAUAAGGUCACAAAGAAGAAGUGUUUUCAUGUCUUCCUCAAGCAAUUUCUAAUGGUAUUUGAGAAAUGGGAACCUGCUAAUGCUAGCCGGUGGCCGGAGGCUGCAUCAACAACCGUGCCUCCUGUGGAGAAUCCAUUGCGGACUGAUGAUAUAAUUGUUGGCUGCUCUGCUGGACACCCUGCAGAAAUCAUUUUUGUGUUGACUGAAGAGAUCACUGUGGUGCACUCCAGAGUGGACUUGCCAGGGGAUUCCACAAGUUUGAGUAUCACUUCGGAAGGGCUGCCAGUAUUGAAUGCUUUAACAAUAAUCACUCGUUCACUACAUAAUUGCAGAGUUUUUGGAUACUAUGGUGGGAUUCAAAAGCUAACUGCAUUAAUGAAAGGGGCUGUUGUCCAACUCAAAUCAAUAACAAGUGCACUAUCUGGCGAUGAGAAUCUAUCUAACAUUUUUCUAGAUAAGACCAGACUUUUGCAACAAAUACUUGUGUAUGUGGUGUCCAUAACAUGCGGUUUCAUUGAUUUAAAUACAAAUUUAUAUGAGAAAGCACAGUUGUUCAGCAGCUCUGCAGAGUUUUCUGCCCCAAGUUGGGGUGCAUCUUCCAAUGAUUCUUCUAGUAGCAUGAAGGUUCCUACUGAAACAGGGCUAUGUUGGCAUCAGAGGGCAGUUGUGUCAGUGAUGGAAGCUGGUGGUCUUAAUUGGUUAGUAGUUGAGCAACUUAUGGGGCAGGGUGUCGAAUCUCAGAGCUUUUUGGUUGGGAAGGGCGAGGAUUACAAGAUUCUUUGGAUUUAUUGCUAUUACAGUGGAAUGGAGUCUGUAGAUGGAGAGGAAUCAUUAUCUGAAAAUCCACGUGGUCAAAACCAUUUUAAAAGCAUCGGAGGGCUUGAAGUUCUGUUGGAUGGACUAGGACUUCCAUCAAUUAAUGUGCUAUUGUUGAGGAAUGCCUCUCAUUUUGGUGAAAAGAGUCAAAUGUGUUCUCCACUUCGCCUAAACAAUGCCGAAGCAGAACAGUAUAAAGAAGUUAAAGGCCAUACACUGUGGGUGGGGAUCGUUGGAACUUCUAUUGAUCGUUUCUUUGCUCUAAUGUCUGAAGUGGUUAUGAUUUUUGUUAAUUUCACUGCUAAAGCAUUCUUGCUGCUUGCAUUGGCAGUAUUUCACUUACAAAACUAUGGUUUCAAGACUGUUAGAAGUUUAGCAGUAUUGCUGCUUGCUGUAAUUGGCAACGGCAAGCCAUCAGAUGCUGUUUUGCCGAUUUAG